CCUUUCUCAUUCUUCAUUAUUUUUCAAUCUCUUGAUUUUAAAUGUUGUUCAUUCUUUUUUGUUCAUAAGAAACCCAAUUUGGUUUUACAAUCGAUACAAUCAAAUCUUCAAGGAGGCCUUUUUAGUUUAUAGAGAAACAAAAUCUUGUCGAAAUUCGAGUUUUCUGACUCUAAUAAAUCAUUAGAUCUUGUUAUAGAGAGGCGAAAGUUGGAAUUAUUGUGUUAACAAUUGUUUUUUUCAAAUCCCACUUAAUAACCAAGUUCUAAUUUUUUUUUUAAAGACUGAUCAUCAUUUUUUUUUCUUGAAUUUCAUAUACGUAUAUACUACAGUUGAGAACUGUUUUUUACUUUCUUUUUGAUCAUUGAAGGUGGGCCUAUUGAUUGUACUUGAAGAAAACACAAAAUCAUGUUUUAUAGUAAAAUAAGUAUAUGCUUACUUCAUAAUGGCAAUAAAGAUUGAAAUGUCUCCAAAGUUGUUUACCUGAAGCCUACUUAUAAAGGCUUCUUCUUAAAUGCUUAUUCUAAAAUUUGUUUUGGUUAUAGGAAGAAGGCAUUCUAAUACUUGAAGUAUUGCAACCAAGACUGAGUUUGAUGUUGUAGCUCCUCGUCGAUGCCUCUCCUUCUCCGAUCAAACCGGCUUUGUGUUUCGUGCUUCUUCCUUUUCACUUCACUUGUGAUUGCCUUUUGUGUAGCUAUCUCCCCUAGCAUCAAAUGCCUGCUUUUCCGUGCUGCACCGUAUGAUCCUAUACGAUCACCUCUUUUUACUUACCCUUCUUCCUAUGGUGAGCACAAGCAUGUUCUUCCUACGUUUCGUUCGUCCUGUUCUUCCCCUGUUUUCUUCUCAGAUUAUCCAUCCGUCUUCAAGGAGAUCCAGCAAUAUUGUCAAGAUUGGACUGAUUUACCUUUGAGUUAUAUGCAAGGGAAGGCUGCUACUUUUGGUGGAAAUUUUAGCAUAGAUAAGAGGAUUUCUUUUUUUGAUCAAUUGCAACAAAGGACGGAAUUCCCAUGUGGAUUCUUCAAGCCAUUUACUGUCAAUGAUUAUGAUCGAGCUGAAAUGGAAGGCUGCAAAGAAGUGGUAGUUGUUUCAGCUAUUUUUGGUGAUCAUGAUAAAAUCAGGCAACCAAAAGGGCUUGGUUCUAAGACACUAGACAUCACCUGUUUCUUCAUGUUUGUAGAUGAUGCUACUUUGAAAGGGCUACUUAAUCACAACUUAAUUUCACUCGAAUCGAACGAAUACAAGAUUGGUGUAUGGAGGCUAGUCAAUGUCUCAACUGAGGGGCUGUACAAAAACCCGGCUAUGAACGGCGUGAUACCAAAGUACUUAGUUCAUAGGCUUUUCCCUAAUGCAAAAUACAGCAUUUGGGUGGAUGCUAAAUUGCAACUUGUGGUUGAUCCUUUGCUUUUGAUUCAUUCUCUUCUUACCAAGGAAGGUGUAGAUAUGGCCAUUUCAAGGCAUCCUUUUUUCACACAUACCAUGGAAGAAGCAAUGGCAACUACAAGGUGGAGGAAAUGGUUAAAUGUUGAGGAAAUAAAGAUGCAAAUGGAGACUUACUGCGAAAACGGGUUACGUCCUUGGUCAUCAAGCAAGCUCCCUUACAUAUCAGAUGUGCCUGAUACUGCAUUGAUUUUGCGAAAGCAUGGAGUUGGAAACAAUAUAUUCUCAUGCCUCAUGUUCAAUGAGUUAGAUGCUUAUAAUCAUAGGGACCAACUUGCAUUUGCAUAUGUAAGAGACAAGAUGAACCCAAAAAUCAAGAUGAAUAUGUUUGAGGUUGAAGUACUUGAACAGAUUGUGUUAGAAUACCGCCAUAACCUAAAGCGCGGCGCGUCUUCUUCUCCGAGUAAUCCUGGUAACAGAGUAAAGAUCAUAAGGGCUCAACCUGAUGUUUCUGGUGCAAAUGGCCUAGGCAAGUGUCAAGGGUAUUUUUCAGAAAUGUGGGGGGAAUCUCAUUAUUGAUUUUUUUUUGUAGUUAUACUUAUACAUGCAUAUUGAUGUUUAAAGAUAGGUUUUAGCAAAUCAUCUCUUGUUAAGGGGUGGAAGAAGGUAAAGGGAAUCACACUUCAACAUUGAUUGCCCAAGUUUUGUGUUGUGGCAAGGUGAUAUGUACAAAGUGUAAAGAAUAGAUAUGUUCAAUAAAUUUAAUGUGAUUAAUUAGUCAA